CGUCGAAAUCCGUUUCCAUUUGCUGCGUUACGCAAAACCUAGGAUAAAAUUAUUCGAUACAUUGCUUUUACUGGAGUGUUUACAAUAGUUAUAGUCUCAGGAUACUUUAUCGCUGUCGAUAAGACUAAGUAAAAUGCCUUGAAGUGUGUCUGAUUAUCUACUAUACUACUUCUAUGCAGACAAUAGUACCAGUCUCCCCUAUCCCCUCCCUUCUUGUGUUUUGUUUGUACCCUGUUUUGUACCUUGUGCUGAUCGGUUAUUUUGGCGCAUGAACAAAUUCUAGCGAUUCAGGGGGACAGUGAGGACUUCUUCAUCUUAAUUUGUAGGAUGAAAGUAAGAGGCUGUGCUAGAAUGCACACAUUGACUCUAUGAUCUGCUGAUGAGAACAGGACAAUAACCGAGAAGAAGAUUUCUAGAGCAUUUGGAGUUAACUUGAAGAAGAUCAACAUGAAGUUCGCACAGUUGUUGUUGAAAAACAACUCAAAGCUGAACAUACCAAAACAUGUGGACCGAUUUUCAAAGUACUCUCCGUCCCCACUUUCAAUGAAGCAGUUCAUUGAUUUUGGUUCUGCUAAUGCCUGUGAAAAGACCUCCUUCAUAUUUUUAAGGCAAGAGCUUCCUGUCCGGUUAGCCAACAUCAUGAAAGAAAUAGAUUUCCUCCCUGACAAACUGCUCGGCACCCCUUCUCUGAAGCUGCUUCAUAGCUGGUAUGCCCAGAGUCUGAUGGAGCUUGUUGACUUUUUGGAGAAAGACCCUGAUGAUAAAAAGAUCUUAACUAAAUUCACAGAAACGCUGAUCAAUGUCAGGAACAGGCAUAAUAAUGUUGUACCCACCAUGGCACAGGGAGUGCUGGAGUACAAGGAGGCCUUUGGUGUGGAUCCUGUGACCAAUCAGAAUGUCCAGUACUUUUUGGACCGUUUCUACAUGAGCCGAAUCUCAACACGCAUGCUGAUGAAUCAACACACAUUAAUCUUCGAUGGGAGUACCAAUCCAGCCCACCCUAAACAUAUUGGCAGUAUUGACCCACACUGUGAAGUUGUGGAGGUUGUAAAAGAUGCCUAUGAGAGUGCCAAGAUGCUGUGUGAUCAGUACUACUUGACUUCUCCCGAAGUGGAGAUCAAACAAGUGAACUUUAAAGGACCCACUGAGCCCAUAAAUAUAGUUUAUGUGCCUUCUCAUCUGUACCACAUGCUCUUUGAACUCUUCAAGAAUGCAAUGAGAGCAACGGUGGAAACACAUGAAACCAGCCUACAUCUCCCACCAAUCAAAGUGAGAGUUUCUCUUGGAAGUGAAGACCUGACUAUCAAGAUGUCCGACAGAGGAGGUGGCGUUCCCUUGAGGAAAAUUGAAAGGCUUUUCAGCUACAUGUAUUCUACUGCACCGAGUCCUGUGAUGGAAGAUACCCGCAAUGCUCCCCUGGCUGGUUUUGGCUAUGGUCUUCCUAUCUCCCGCCUCUAUGCUAAGUACUUCCAGGGAGAUCUACAGCUGUACUCAAUGGAGGGACAUGGCACAUCUGCUGUCAUAUACCUAAAGGCCUUAUCCACAGAGUCAAUAGAGAGACUGCCUGUUUUCAACAAGUCAGCCUUAAGGCAUUAUCAAACCAGCAUGGAGGCAGAUGACUGGUGUAUCCCGAGCAGUGAGCCCAAGAAACUGGGAAAGUAUGAGUACCGAGUCUGAGAGAGAGAGAGAGAGAGAGAGAGCACUCUGGGAGGAAAAGUUUGAAUGAUCUGAACUAAACGGGACUAUGGUCAGUGUGUGUUGUGGAUGCCUUGAGUUCAUUAGGAUACCUAUGUAUGUGACUACGUAUUAGAUCAUUCAGAAGCAUGGUAUUAUGAAAUACUUUUUGAAAGUCACAAUCUGAAUGACAAGGGCAUAUUUGUCUUCCAUAUCUCACGAUGCUUAUAAUACAUCACACACUUAUUUGCGGUGCUAACAAUUUCUCUUAAAUGGGGAAAAUAUAUAUAUUUUAACUUCUUCUGUGAUGUCACAGUCUUCAGACAAAUAGACUGAAGCUAAUUGGUUGUUUGAGUGUGUGUUGAUUUCUACACAUUACCACGAAUUGUAAAGCCAAUGUAACUGGUUCUGUAAGUAUAUUUAGGAGUAUGUGGGGCCAAGUCAUGUGUGUCCAAUGCCUUGUGUGAGUUAUAGCCUUUAUCUCUUGCAUGUUUCGGAGAACAUACAAACAGCAAAAGUAACCAAGGCUUUAUUUGGGGAUAGUUAAUUUAUUUGAGCUAUUAUCAGGGCUUUUAUUAAUGGAAUAGUUCACCUACUAAUUAAAAUUCUCUCAUCAUUUACUUACAUUCAUGCCAUCCCAGAUGUGUAUAACUUUUCUUCUGCUGAAGAGAAAUUAAGAUUAUUUAGAAACAAUAUCUCAGCUCUGCGGAUGAGAGACAGAUCAAUAUUUAAGUCCUUGGCUUUUUUUUUUUUUUACUAUAAAUCUCCACUUUCACUUUUGGAUGUGAAAGUGAAACUAUACAAGCGCCACAUGUGACUUACAGAUUUGAAAGUAAAAGUGGAGAUUUAUACAUAUUGAUCCGUUUCUCACACACACCAAUCAAAUAAUUUCUGAAGGCAUAGAUUUAACCACUGGAGUCAUGUGGCAUAAUUUUAUGCUGUCUUUAUGUGGUUUUUUGGAGCCUCAAAGAUCUGGCCACCAUUCAUGUGCAUUGUAUGGACCAACAGAGCGGAGAUAUUAUUUAAAAAAAUCUUAAUUUAUGUUCUUCAGAAGAAAAAAAUUCAUACAUAUGGGAUCAUAUGAUGUUAGUAAAUGAGCUAAUUUUUGGGUGAACAAUCCCUUUAAGUAAUUAUUUUAAACAACAAGGGGUGUAACUUAUGACAUAGGUCAGUUCUGUUGUCACUUUGAUUGUCAACUAACAAAUACCAUGAAUGUUCAACAUCACAUACACCAGAGAUGUGUUCAAAGGUCCAAAAGUCCAAAAGCCCGCCCUCUGAAUUCCCUCAUGCAAAUCCUCGUGAAAAUGGACACCUCACAAUUCAUACAGAUUUGAUAUGCUGCUGAUAAAAAUAUAUUUCUGAUGAUGAUAUCAUUACGUGGGCCACAAAAGAUCGCUCGAGGGCCACGUGUUGAGUAGCGCUGAAGUUGCAUAUUGUUUGAUUGUUUCUUUCACAGAGUUUGAAAUGUUUGAGAGUAACAGUCGCACUACUGUUACUUAAUUUAGUUUCGAUUAGUUUCAUAAACAAUGAGGCAAACAUUUCACAAAGAAAAUUAUAUGUAUGCACUACACAUCUUUAAAUAAAAAUAUGAAUACUAAAACACAUUUUGAAAUUAUGAACAAGGGGUUGUUGUCUUGGGUUUUGUUUGGCCCAGAUUAGUACAUAUGGUAUUUAUUUACAUUAGCUUUGUUCACAAAACUUUGGAAUAAUGUACAGAUUUUGCUGUUUCGGAAGGAAAUUGGUACUUUAAUUCACCAAAGUGGCAUUCAACUGAUCACAAAGUAUAGUCAGGACAUUACUGAUGUAAAAAACAGCACCAUCACUAUUUGAAAAAUGUCAUUUUUGAUCAAAUCUAGUCAGGCUCCAUUUCUAGCAGCCAUCCAACACCUUAUCCUUGAGUAAUCAUGAUGAAAUGCUAAUUUGGUACUAGAAAAUCACUUGCCAUUAUAUCAAACACAGUUGAAAGCUAUUUGGUUCAUUAAAUGAAGCUUAACAUUGUAUUUGUGUUUGCUUUUGAGUUGCCACAGUAUGCAAUAGACUGGCAUGUCUUAAUGUCAAUAUUAGGUCAAAAAUGGCAAAAAAUAAACCACUUUCUCUAGAAACUCAUCAGUCAAUCAUUGAUUUGAGGAAUGAAGGCUAUAUAAUGCUUGAAAUUGCCCAAAAAAAUUUCAUACAAAUACAGUCCUCAAAGACAAAAGAGAACUGGCUCUAACAAGGAAAGAAAGAGAUGUGGAAUGCCAGAUGUACAAUUAAACAAGAGGAUAAGAACAUCAGAGUCUAGUUUGAGAAAUAGACACAUCACAUGUCCUCAGCUGACAGCUUCAUUGAAUUCUACCCGCUCAAUACCAGUUUCAUGUACAACAGUAAAGAGAAGACUCAGGGGUGCAGGCCUUAUGGGAAGAAUUGCAAAGAAAUGGUUAGCUUGGGCAAAGAAACACAGACAUUGGACAACAGAUAAUUGGAAAAGAGUGUUAUGGAUCUUAACCCCAUUGAGAUUUUGUGGGAUCAGUUAGAUUGUAAGGUUCAUGAGAAGAGCCUGACAAGACAGUCAAAUCUAUGGUGCUUCAGGAAGUGUGGGGUGAAAUGACACCUGAGAAUCUGGAAAAACUGACAGCUAGAAUGACAAGGAUCUGCAAAGCUGUCAUUGCUGCAUGGAUGGUUCUUUGAUGAGAUCUCUUUGAAGUAGUUUAAGAAGUUCUGAACAUUUCUUCUCAAAUUGUAAUAGUGAAUUUUCACAUUAUUAAUGUCCUGACUAUACAUUGUGAUCAGUUCAAUCCCACUUUGGUGUAUAAAAGUACCAAUUUCUUUCCAAAAGAGCAAAAUCUAUACAUUAUUCCAAACGUUUGGCCACCGGUGUGAAAGUGUAAAUAAAAUGUAUGAACAUUGUGUAAACAGCUCAUAGCUGAAAACUAUUCUGUAUCAACAAACAAAUUGUAGCACCAUAUUAAGUCAACAGUUUGGGAUCUUCUUGUUUUGUUUGUUAGUUUUUACUAGUUUUUUAGCAUCCCAGAUAGCACACGUACAUCUCCGAGAUGUCAGUUUAAGAGCAUUUCAUCUGGAAAGCAUCACAAUCUAAUUAACAUCUGCUAAACAUCUUAAAAAGAUCAGAUUUACAAACAUUCAAAAUCAUAAUGAUCUCGAAGACAACUGCUGAAUUUUUUUAUGACAUCUGAGAGAAAACUAGACAUAUUCCAGAUAAACAACCUAAAAAUAAGUCUUCCAGGUGUAAACACGCACAUCAGGCAUCUGGGUGAUGUACAGUAUGUGUGCUAUCACAGAUGAAAACAGUGAAGUGGCAAUAUUUUGUUUUUCAUGUUAAUUAUAAAGCUAAAGGAAAUUUCUUUAUUAUUUCAGUAUUGUGCAUAUAUGCCUUUCAUGUUUUCUUUUUAUUUUAAUUCAUUUAAUUUAUAGAAUUGUUUUUAUUGUACAUAAUAUUUGUAAAGUUGGCUUUUUGAAAGCAAUGCAAAGAAGUUUAAGGGAAUUGAAAUGGCAAAAGCUGCUUUCUUUCAAGUGACACUCAUCAAAUUAUACUAUACUACAGCAGUAGGUUUCAGCUUCUUGCAGUUCAGAUGCUAACGUGUUUGCCUUGAAUAGAAGAGGACAACCUCAAUGAAUCAUUUGCACAUUUCCAAUUAUAAUCUAGAACUGACAUCUGCGGUGUUGAUCAGUGUCCUCAUUCAUACCUCAUAAGCUUCAUUUGCAGUCAUGGAGAGUCUGACAACCGCCUCCCCAUCCUCUUGAAAACACACCUGCUUCCUGGUGUGUUCUAGAUACACAAACCUGUAUUCAGAGAGCAGCUAGACUCUGGAAGCACUAAAAACUGUGUUUGCCUCCCUGAAAUAAUGGAUGCUCAGCUCUCUUUAUGACCCAUUCAUAUAUAGAUUUUAUUUGAGAGUGACUGUUUCUGUACUAUUAAAACUAUGAA